AGAAAAGCAAACCCGUCGCAAAUGGUAAGUUGUGGGUUUUUUGUUGUCAUUUUUUUUUUUUCCCUGAUUGCCAUGACAACGACAUGCUGUUUUUGGCACAUAAAUUUCCCCUCAUUCAUCUGUUUGUCUUUGCCUGCAGAGCCAAGACAUUGUCGGCAUCAAAAUAACUUCGCUUUGUCAAAUAUUUGUGUGGAAAAUCCUCUCUAGUCUCGUAUGUGGCCCGUGUUUGUCGUCACUGAGAGACUGUCACAAGCUAAUGAGAAUUCUUACUCUUCCGUGAGUAAGUGUUGAAACUAUUUGAGUUUAACAAGCUGGAAAUAACUAUGCCACAUCAAAUGCCUUCAAGAGUUUCGUAAAAUCACAUUUGAUUAGAGCCAGAGUAAUAUACAGCUUUUAUUGUAAACAGUUUUGAAUGGCCUAAAUUGAAGCUGAAGUUGAAAUAGAGCACCGUGUCAGGGUUGCUUUUGUUGGCAAAUUGCAAAUCUUUCCAUCUUUGUCAGUCUCCCUCUCUUCAGUCACUCUUUUAAAAGGUAAAAACUUUGUGUUUUGUUUUUUUUUUUUAACAUUGUGAUGUCCAUUGGCCUAUAAAUACUAUUCGAGUUGCAUGUAUGAGCAUUAAUAUACUGUUUUGUCAGCUGCAAACAAUAAAUUAUGCUCUCUUUGUUACUCAAAUGCCAACCAUGAAAUAAUGGUUCUGAGUGGACCAAAGCAUGUUUGAGAACUGCAACGCUGCAGAACAGCCGAAGCUGAGCUUUCGACAGGCGGGCAGCAGCACCUCCACAGACACAUCUGCGGGAUCAAAGACGGGAGGCAGCCAACGCUUUCAGAACGCUUUCAACUUGGGCAAAGCCAUGGGAGCCAAGGUAAACGACCUGCUUCGACGAAAAGAUCCCAGCAGCCUCGGAGACAUCGGAGUCACAGAGGUGAACAAGAACGUGGAGCCAGUGUGGUCCAGCCUGGCUGAGAUGGGCCACACUACAGCAAGAAACAGUCACAUCUCCUUGGAUUCCUUCCCUCGGCUGGAUCCCCCACCUCCCACCGGCAAAAAGCGUCUCCCACGGGCCCUGAAGACCACCCAGGACAUGAUGAUAUCUUCUGACCCCGUGGUAGCCUCCCCAGAAUCCUCCUUCGUCUCCUCACCUGACAAGAUCUCCAAAGAUAAAGCUGAGCUUCAGCCUGAAGAGUCCGGCCCUGAGAAACCUUCAGGACCCGGCGACCGUGUCGACAGCCAGAUGGAGAAGACGCCUGGUUCAGAACUAAAAAACGAGCCCACAGCUGUGGUGACGGAUGAGAAAGAUUCAGAGGAAGUCGAUCAGUCACAGCUGCUGCUCUCUGUUCCAGAUCUCAUUCACAAAGACAAUCUGGACCCAAAGAAACUGGCCAGCUCGGAAACUAGAAUGGCUUCCACCCCGUGUCCAGGGAAAGGGGGCUGCCGCAUCAGCGUCACUGAGGGGGAAUUGUUGGGGAAUGGCACGGCGGAUUACCGGACCGUCAGCCUGGAGAACGAAGAAUCCCACCCCGACCUGCUGUCAUUCGAAUAACAGGCUUGAGACCCUCAAGAUCAUUGAUUCUCCAGGCUUCUGCGAUGACAAAAACUGCUUUCAUUCUGCAUUUCAUAUUUUGCCUUUAAGUACCGCUGAUUGUACUUAGUUAUUUCAUAGAUAUAAUUAUUCAAAUGAUAAAAAUCACUGUUGUUUUUUGUUUUUAAUCGUAGCACCAUAAUCAAUUUAAAAGAUUGUAUUUUAAAGUAUUUGUGGACCUGUAACAAACAAAACAUGAUGAAUCAAUUAACAGAAGCCAAAGUCAAUAGUACACUGCAAAAAGGAGUUUUAAUUAGUAUUUCUUGGCUUUUUUUCCAGUCAAAUAUUCCAGUAGAACUUCAAAUGAAUUAGCUUGAAGCAACACUACUGCAAAAGAAUAUUAAGGCUUAUUCUCAUUAUAGCAUAAAUAUUAGUGAAUUUUGUAUUUCCUACUGCACUGAAAGAUUGUUUCACUCAAUUUAACUAUAAAAAAUGACUAAUAAUGAUACAAAAGAUUUUGAAUUCACAUAAAUGCUGUUCUAAUGAAUUUCAAAUCAAAGAAUCCUGACACAAAUGCAUUCAGGAUCAGCAUAUAUCUGCAUUUUAGACUGAUUUCUGAAGGAUCAUGGAAUAAUGGCUGUUAAAAAUUUAUUUUAUAUAUAAUAUAUAUAUAUAUCAGUUUCUUUUUUUUUAUUAAAUAUUUCAAAGCAUUUGGUCAAUUAAUUGCAGCAUUGUAGUUUUAAUGUAUUUUACUUUUACAUUUUGUAUGUAAAGAGUAUGUAAAUGUGUUUUUGGUUUGAAGGAUUUUUAGACUAUUUUACUGGGAAAAUAGCCAAAAAUAUUCAUUAAGAAUAGAAUUUUUCAGUGUUAUUGUUAUACCUCUAAAGCUGUCUUUGCAGUUCCGCAAGUACCAUUUCAAGUCUUAUGUGUUGUUUUUUUUUUUGUUGUUGUUGUUUUUUUUUAUAGUUUCAUAUCAAUUCUACAUCCAUGGCUAGCUGACCACAUCUCUUAGCUUGUGCUCUGUGGCAGUAUAAGCGAGCGCACAUGACCUUGGGUCAGUCUAUAAAGCGUUAUGCACCUAACAGCAGCAGUAUGGGCUCCUUCCAAGUUAUUUUUGACACUAUGUGACCUCCAGAUCAACUUUCCCAGUCUGAUGGAGAAAGUCUAGGAUCCUACCUUUGUAGGCAGUGUCAUAGUGAUAAUAGUCAAGGUGAUGAUGGCUCGAGGAAUGCCAGUAAUGAGGCUCAGUCAACAUGAAGGUAUGCAGAAGGGUUCUGAAAUUUCCUGGAAUGCUAUAACUCAACACUAAUCUGGACUCUCGUCCUCUUGUUUGUGUAGACAGCCUGACUCCCAUGACAUUCUCUCAGGCCUGUUCUUUAUCCCACACAGAGAUUUUGAGCUAUUCCGAUGCUAACAAUGCCACUAUUUUCACUCCUGUUAUUUAAAGAGAUAUACUGUCAUUCUGCAUAUAUGUAUAGAUGUACUGAGAUGUUGAUUGUAAGUCAAAGCUGGGAAGAAAUGGCUGAUAUGCGUUAAUGAAAUUGACUUUGUAUGUAUUGGCAAUAUAGCAUUAAUUAAUAUCUGAGCUUCCGUACCAUGUUUUGGUUACACUACCUUUGUGAUACCAAUAGUGCAAUGAUGCAUAAUUCAUAACACUACAAUGAGAACUGAGAGUAAAGUAAAUUCAUGCAGAUACGUUAACAGUUGAUGAAUUAAUGUGGACCACUGAUACUGUGUAACUGGACCGUAAGAUAUGAAGUGUUUUAUGACGUGACUGUGUAUAUGUGCUGGUGAGACUACAGCCGAAUGAAUGAAAGGAAGGAAUAUUUAUCUUUUGUUUAGCUUUUAAAGACACUCUUUAAAGUUGAGAAGAUGCUUGGUGGGAACUUAAAGGAAUAGUUUACCCAAAAAAUUCAAAUUGGCUGAAAUUCCACUCAGCCUCAGGCCAUUCGAGAUGUAAUGCUGAAUUUCUUUAAAUCUCUUUCAAUAAAGAAAAAUACUCAUCUUAAUCUUAGAUGGUCUGUGGGUGAGUACAUUUUUUAGCAAAUUUAUAUUUUUGGGUGAAUUAUUAAUUUAACGUUGAAUGUCGAAUCUUAUUUCUUCUUUUUUUUUCUCUGUGUGAUGAUUCGUGUAUAUUAAUUUCAAUCAAAGCGGUCCCAUCAUUGUCACGGUUUGUUUGAAUGAAGAAAAACGAAUGUUGAAGGAAAAACGCAUGUAUAUGAAGGUUUUAUGACUGCACUGAAAUGUAUUUCGAGAAGCUGGGUAUAUUAAAGUGAUUUCCCAUUA